AUGGACCACCGCCCGAUGGCCUGGGGUCGUCCCAGAGACGAUGUUUACGGCCCCUACGAUGCGUCUUAUGUCCGGCCCAAUGACCCUACCCAGCACACUCAGCAGCCCAUCGUCACUGGAACGUCCGUACUAGCUAUCAAGUUCAAGGAGGGCGUCGUCAUUGCUGCCGAUAACUUGGCAUCCUAUGGCUCCCUCGCCCGCUUCACCGACGUCAAGCGUCUACGCACCUUUACAGGCACCUCCGUGGUCGGUUUCGGCGGUGACGUCUCCGACAUGCAGUACCUCAACCGCCACCUCACCGACCUCACUCUCAGCGAGAACUACUCCAGCCCGGACGAGCCCCGCCUCUCCGCCGCCAACCUCCACCGCUACCUCUCCAAGCUCAUGUACAGGCGCCGGUCCAAGUUCGACCCUCUCUGGAACCAUAUCCUCGUCGCCGGCCUCGACGACGAGGGUAAGCCCUUCCUCGCCGCCACCGACCUCCUCGGCACGACCUACAGCGCCCCCAGUCUGGCCACUGGCUACGGCUCCAUGCUCGCCCAGCCCAUCAUGCGCCGCCACGCCCCGGAUGAGGAGUCGGCCGCCGAGCUGUCCCAGGAGACCGCGAUCGAGGUCAUCCAAGAGUGCAUGAAGGUCCUCUUCUACCGUGACGCCAGGAGCAUGGACCGCUACUCCAUCGCCGUCAUCACCAAGGAUGGCGUCGACCUGAAGGAGGACGAGAAGCUGGAGGGCCAGAGCUGGGCUUUUGCUGAUAGAAUCAAGGGAUACGGAACCCAGACGGUUUAG